GAAUUGAAGGUGUUGUUGCAGAUGCGUGUGUUUAGUAAUUGUCUGAUGGCACACAGAUAUCUGUCUUAAUCUUAACAACUCGGAAUCAGUUGUCUCCCUCCGCGUUCUUCUAUUCUGUUGUUCUUUCAGUUUAUCUAUUUGAUUUAGAGCUCCAACUUCUAACCACUACCACCGAUUCCCACAAAGAUUUUAACUGUUCCAAUUUUCUGCAUCUGGGUGUCUUUCGCUCUCCCAAAGAUCGAAUCUUUCCUGUCUGGGUCCUCUGGAUUUGCAAUCUUUCUUUUCAAGGUUGAACUUUGCUGGUUAUUCAGAUUUUCACAAGGGUCAGUGGGGUUAGCUUUGUUGCGAUGCUAGUUUCCUUUGACGAGCUGAUUGCGUAAGCGGUAAUGGCUGUGGAGUUAGAGUGUGACAAUGAGUGUGUUGAAUAGGAGCAUUUCAUUGAACAGGAAUGGAUCAUUCAAUCGAAGGGGCUUCAGUGUUGGCCUUGGAAGCCCCAAGGUCGCCAAUCACGUUCGAUUUGGAUGGGUCUCUUUGAGAAUUCAGGUUCUUGUUAUCAUUGCCUCUGUCAUUUCCUUCUUUGUAGCAAUUGGUUGUGGCUACAUUUAUGUGCUUCCUAGCGUUAGCCAUGCUCUCUUAAAUGCCCAAGGUCUCUUAUCUGACCACAACGAUAACGAAUUACUCACAAGCUGUGAUGUCUUUGAUGGAAGCUGGGUUCAGGUCCAAGGGUACCCUUUAUACAAUGCCACUGAGUGUCCCUUUGUGGAAAAAGGAUUCAAUUGUUUGGGGAAUGGAAGGGUUGACACGGAUUAUCUCAGCUGGCGGUGGAAACCAAAGGGUUGUAACAUUCCAACGUUUGAUGUGCGUAGCGUUUUGGAAAUGCUGAGGAGCAAAAGGGUUGUUUUUGUUGGUGAUUCAAUGAGUAGAACACAGUGGGAGUCUAUGAUUUGUAUGCUUAUGGCUGGUGUUGAGGAUAAGAGUGGUGUUUAUGAAGUCAAUCAAAAUAACAUAACAAAGCGAAUUAGGUUCUUGGGGGUUAGGUUCAGUGCCUUCAACUUCACCAUUGAGUUUUUCCGGUCGGUUUUUCUUGUGCAGCAGGGUAAUUUGCCCAGAUAUAUGCAAAGGCCAAGGAGGGUGAAAUCCACACUUAUGCUGGACAAGUUAGAUGAUAUAAGUGACCAGUGGGUUAAUUCAGAUGUUCUGAUAUUCAACACUGGCCAUUGGUGGGUGCCAUCUAAGCUUUUUGACAUAGGUUGCUAUUUCCAGGUUAAAAGGUCUCUGAAACUUGGGAUGUCGAUUUCUGCUGCCUUUAAAAUAGCACUUGAAACUUGGGCAUCAUGGGUUGAAAGAGAGAUCGAUAGAAAUAGAACGCGCAUCUUCUUUAGGACUUAUGAGCCAUCUCACUGGAGUGAUCAAACCUUCAGGCAGUGCAAUGUGACUAAGUACCCUACCCCAGAAACUGAGGGAAGGGACCAGAGCUUGUUUUUGGACACGGUUUUGGAAGUGGUUAAGAAUAUCAGAGUUCCUAUAAAUGUUCUCCGCGUUACUUCUAUGUCAUCUUUCCGGAGCGAUGGACAUGUUGGUAAUUGGAGUGAUAAUCCAUUCAUUCAAGAUUGUAGUCACUGGUGUCUGCCAGGAGUACCUGAUAUGUGGAAUGAAAUUGUCCUGUCCCAACUCUUUUCCGACAAUGAAACCCCUUAUCGGCAAAUGGAAAUUGCAGAAUAAAUACAGUUGGAAUACUUCAAAUUCAAGUCAUAAGCUCAAGUCUUAAUAGAACUCAACCUUUAUUUCACAUCAACGAAUUAAAGAGACAACAUUCUUUGUGAUUACAAGCAUACCUUGAAGUUCAGAUGCUUCUUAAGAAGUUAGGAUGGUUAAGAUUUGUCCCCACACUAGCACCGUAAAUCUUGUGGCAUCUCAGUCUGCAAUUGUUGAGUUCUUUCAUCUACCACGGGUUUUCUGAAAUAAUCAGUUGCAGAGUUUUGUUUAAGUAAACCCCAAAUACACGUUAAUUUUGUACCGGCAUGUCUAAAACAAUUGAUGAAGCGGAACGUACUUUCUAAUUAUUUUUUAAUUUUUUCAUCUCAGAAAAGGUUGUGUCUGGGACUCUGGGAUGUAACAAAUGGGUAUCCUUCUUGAUUUUGGUCACGAAAAUGUUACAGUUUAUUAAUUAAAAAGAAAAAAUAGUUCGAAUCAACUCUCAAUUUUUUC